AUGCCGGGCCGCGCUCGCUCCUUUCAUCCACGACUUGCGACUUGUGCGUUCCGCGACAUACCUCCUUUGAGGAUUGCACAAUCCAAUACCCUCGCCAUGUAUGCGCUCCGGCCGAUCCAGAACUGUAUGUUAGGGAAACGUCGACGCGACAAUGUCGACGUCAACAUCCCAGCAGAACCGCCAGCAAAGCGUCACCACCAACGCCAUCUAACAUCCCCACCGCCGAAACGUCAGACUCGUUUCUCGACAAGGCCUACAACCAGCCAGAACCGUUACUCGCUAAGGAAUACCAUAGAGCGCACCAGAAGAACCAUCGCAGCAAGUACCGUUCCCAUCCCAGCUCCCAAUCCAGUCCCAAUCCCAAUCCCUCCUACGAAGCCCAACCUCAGGAAGCGUCAGCGCACCGCUGUGGACGCUGAUGUUUCUGAAGUUGAACCAAAAGCAAAGCGGCAUCACCAGCGCCAUCUAACCUCCCCACCGCCGAAACGUCAGACUUGUUCCUCGACAAGGCCUGCGACAACCAGCCAGAACCGUUAUUCGCUGAGGAAUACAAGAGAACGCGUCAGAAGGAGCAUCGCAGCAAGUACCGUUUCCAUCCUAGCUCCUAAUCCAGUCCCAGUCCCAAUCCCUCCCACGAAGCCCAACCUCAGGAAGCUGCUUGUGCUCUCCUCGGAGACUGCCCAGUCGGGCUCUGUUGUAGCAGCCCAAUCUUUGACUAAUUUGCAGCCUAGUGCAAGGUCUUCACGUAUUGGCACCCAAAAUCUCGCUCUAGUUCACUCUCCCGAUCAUGGGCUCGCUUUGACUCGGGAACAGAUUGCCGGUGAUAGGCUCCUGUCUACUGAGCUGAACUCCGGGUCGAAUCGACCUCACCCUGAUGUUGACCAUAACAUACUAAGGCUCCCCAUACCGGCCAAUAAUUUCGAACUCGUUGAAGCUACGCUCGAACAUUCUGCUCGCUCUCCUUCACCCAAUCCCGGCCAAUCUUCUCAGCUCCGCUCGAGUUCUACGUCAAUGUUCCCUCCUCACACUGUUACGCCGGGCCCCACUGCAGAAGCACCAUCUACUUCCCCAAGCGUCACUCCGUGGGAAGCCUUGUCCCCUUCCCAAAAAACGCAGCAUGAAACCCGGUGUCAAGAGUUAUUGACUGCUUCAGAAUCGAGAGAUCCUGACUUUCGUUUGCAAUGGGCAAACUAUCACCAUUUUUUCUCAGCUUGGGCUUUACACUAUACAACAAACGAACGACACGCACUUCAACUUCUCCAUUCGCACCCAGAUCUUGGAAAGUUGACCGAUGCAUUUCGGCAUGAACUAGGUGGCUCUCGCUCCCCACCCGAGUUGGCGCGAUAUUUCUAUCAGCUCACUCACCACGGCAAAAGUGUGGCUGAAUCGGCCUAUUGUACCGCCGACACGAACCUAUCCUUCUACUCCCCCAUCCAAAUUGCUACGCCACAGAAGGAGGCGUACCCAGUAGUCAUGAAGUGGCUCAAAAUCAUUUUAGAGGUUGAGUUUAAACCCUUGUUCGAUUCGCUUCGUGGAGGCAACCGCAUCUCCCAACGCUUUGGAGUCGACAAUGGCCGCGUGACGUCUCUGACCCUGGAUGAUUUUGACUCCCCCCCUGCAGAGCUUUCAGCGCAAGUCAAGCGUGUUGCUGUUUAUCACCAGAACACGAUUCUGACUGGAAACCAGGGGCAAGGCAAGAGCAAAACUUGCAUACAGCAUGCUGCGGAGACAGGUGGCUUCCUAUUCGCCCUUUUCCGGGAAGAGGGGGGCCUACGCAAAACAUUCCCCAACGGCUCCGCGAUUUACGGCUCCCAGGACCUUCAGUUAGCAAUAACGGAAAUCCUGAAAAACAAGUCCAAAUUUAGCGAUAUAGCCGAAGAUCCCCAGCAAAUAGAGGACAACAGGGAGGCGGUGGAACAUAUCGCCUUAACAUUAGCCUGUAGUCGAGUCUUCGUCUUCAAUGCCUUUCUUGACUGUAGGCCGGACGACAUAUCGCUGGAGGACUGGCUGCAUGACUGGACCGCGUUUGAAGUGGCCUCUGAGUUAUGUGACCCGGAUCGUGCUGGGCCCCUCAAGGACAUCUUCGUGCGCGUUUCCGCACUGCUUCGAAAAGCGUCUACGGAAGUACUUCACCGACUCAUUCGUUUUUUCUGGCAUCAAAUUACAUCGAAAUGCCCAAGGUUCUUGAAAUUUUUUCCUCUGUUGCUGGACGAGGCUAGCUUUGGCCUACUUCUAUGGAACACCUCUCACUUCCGCUGUCGUGAUCUCCCCGACAAACCUUGCUCAGUUCUGACUGAGAUAUUCCUUGUCUGGAUGAAGUUGGGCAUUUUCACUAGCAGCGUCUUCUCUAGUCAGAGCGGCGUAUCGGCGGACACCAUGAGGCGCGCUCUCGAACCUACUGCGACCCUCUUUGGCUGGAAAACAGUCGAGGUUUCCAUCGAAGGUGGCUUUCGUAACUCGGAGGAACACCGGGAAUUCUUACGGAACAAGCUUCAAGGCUGGGUUGACGAAAACGGUAUCUCGAAAAAGUCUUUCGAAAGUUUUCUGACACGGGCAGUGACUUGGCUUCGUGGUCGCUAUGACUUUACAGUGUGGCUCAUCGAGCUCAUACUCGAGACGAGGACGAGAUCUCCUCAUCGCCUUUUUAGUCGUCUCGUCAUCUUCUGGACCAGAGGUUGGACUGCUACGGAUGCUGAACAUUUCGAGUCCGCUGAACCCGAGCUUGAGGAUAACGUCGAGCAGAUCAUGGAACGGGUAGUAGUGCAUCGCAUUGACUGGGAUGCUUUCGAUAGCUGCUCCGACGCUGUUAAGCAAGCUGUCUAUACCAUCACCUUGCACCAAACGGUGGGCGGAUUUGGAACUUCGGUCACCAAAGAAAUAGGCAAAAUUAUCGAAUCUAUCUUAGGAAAGCUCAUCUACGAUGACGGUGACGAUGCCGAUACAGGAAUCGCAAGGUUCGACGAACCGUUGGUGUCUUCUGCGGUGAGGAUCCAUUGCAGGCAGGCUCUGCUCGACCAUAUGUCAUCACACUGGUCGGCAUUGGACGACCCCGUCUCGAGAGGCUUAGCUUUCGAACGCCAAAUCCCAAUGGUCAUCGUGGAUGUGCUGGGGGACUUUGCACCAUUGGAGGAUCUUCUCGAAAUUGCCGAGGACUCGAAGUUCGCACACCUAGCAAAACGUGAAUUCCGUCUGGUCAGUGUUCGCAUGGACCUUGGCAAGUAUGUAGCGUCGGCAGUCUCGGCGACAUCGGGCCCUUGCCCCCAGCUCGCCUACAAGACAGAGACGGCCAUUGAUUACCUAAAUUACGUCAAGACUCCCGGGGGCGCAGCAAUCAUUUAUCCUGACAAGCUUGAAGGUCCCGACGUGCACAACGCGAUACAGGAUAAGAAUACAGGGAAGAUAGUUGAUCUCGUCACACAGGCCAAGCUCAGCGUGAGCCCCGAUGGGGUGAGGGGCGACGUGUGUAGAAAAGGCGUCGAGAGCCUUGAACCUAGUCGCUUCCACCAGCGAUAUGACAAGAAGGAGGAGGCGUGGGUUCAUACGACCCAAUACGGCCAGGACAUUCAGAAGCAAUGGAAAAAAAUGAGAAAGGCACGGUGCCCAGGGUAUACACCAGCUAAGAUGUCAAAAGCAAAAAUGGCUGCUGAGCUCAAGAAGGUUCCCGACAUGAUUCCUGUUCUUGCCAUCGCGGGGACGCCGAAGCCGAACUUACUCAAGGAGCACAAGGAUGUCGCGCUGAUGAAGCUCCACCAUUACUGUGACGGCCUACGAAGCCUCUUCGGUCGCUUCGCAGCUAUGAAUAUUCUUCGUCAGAGGCGUUAUGCUCGAUAUUUUGCUUGGUCAAGCACGGGACUCGUCCAUUGA